AUGAUGGAUGUUAAUAGUUGUCCACGUUGUAGAUGUUAUAUAUUUGAUUGUGCAUGCUCUCCAUUAUCAACGUCGGACAAAACACAAUCUUUACAAAAUUCAAAUAAGUCAACAAGUAGCUUAGUAACAGAUGCAAACAUGGAUUCUCGAAAUGUUCGUAAAUCGUAUUCGUCUGAUUACGCUAGUCUAAUUCAAUUUUUGAAAAACGAAGUUGACAAUGAAAGUGCAACGUCCACUUUACAAACAAACACAUCACCUUCUAUUUCAGAAAUAUCUGACGAAAAUUUCAUUCACAUGCCAGUUUCAACUCCUCAACAUCGAUUACAACAUCAACAAAAUAUUUCAUCUUCCUCAAUAAAUAAUAAUAUCGAAAAUUUAUGUAAAUGGUAUCUGGAUUCAAGAAAUUAUUCAAAAUGUUUACAUUUAGAUAGUGGUCUAUGUGAUAUAUUAGAUCUUUAUCGUAUUAAAGAACGAACAAUUCAAGAUAUUAUUGCUGAACAAAACAUCGAUUCAAUUCGUAUUCUUGAAUCUCCUCAAGUAUUACCAAUUAAAAUAUCUGAAUUAUUCAAAAGAGAAAAUAGUUAUAUAAUUCCAAAUGAUGUUAUUGAUAUUCGAUCAUUACUGACUAAUUAUGAGGGUGCACACUGGUUUAAAUUAGAGGCCAUUUUAUGUACACACAAUAAAAAUGAUAUUUUAUAUUAUAAAUAUUCAAAAACAAAACAAUGGUAUUAUUAUCAAUCAAAAACGAAAGAUCUGGUAAAAUUAGACGAUAAAUUAAAUAAACAAAUCAUUCGAUUAUGUACAAAUACAUGUGCAAAAGAUGUUGAAUCUGUGGGUUUUCUUAUCGAUAUAUUACUAACAGAUGCCGUUAAAUACUUUUAUGUACAAUCAAAAUAA